ACACAGAGCGAAGGAGGUAGGGAGUGAAAUGAGAGAGAGCAGAAUGGAGAUGGCACAAAUACAGGAAGAAAGAAAGCAAAAAAAACAGCGAAACCAAACACCAAGUGAAAAGUAAUCAAGACAAAAUACCAAAUACCUGAAACACUAUAAAGUAGCUUGUUGUCUAGCUUGACCAAGUGGUUGACCAGCUGCAGUUUAAAAUCUGUAUGAACAUCAUGGCCAAUGCAGUGAAAGCAUCAGAAUACUUCAUGAGGUUUGUGGCCAUUUUCCUCAUUCUAAUGUGUGUGGUAAACUCACAGGGACUUCCUGAAAUUUCAGACAUGGUUCUAGAGUUUAGCUAUACAGAUGGACAGCUCAAUCACCUAAGAGAAAAACGAGAUGCCAACACAGAUACAGUAGAAUACAUCAUAGUGGUAGAGGUGAAUGUAUCACAACUGAUAUUGAUUGAACAAAUCAAAUCAUCACUGAAGUCCAUCAAUUUUCCAUUACAACUAGACAACACAACAACAAUCAAUAGUUUCAACAUUACAACAGUGUGCAUGCCAGUUGAUAGUUUAUAUUACUGCACAUGUGAGGAUCAGUAUGCUUGGCCAGAUAAUAACUGCAUAUAUGAUGAAUGUAAUACCAUGAAGGAAGGAGCAUGCAACUGUAUUGGUGUCCUUUCCAGUGGUGGCCAGAUGUGUGUGCCAAAAAGUGGUAGGAAAAAUGUUUUGGAGUAUAUGAAUAAGAUAUGUAUGUAUAAGAUAUGUCUUGUAUUUUCUUGUAUUCACCUGAGUAUUGUCUUUUUCAUAGACCUGCAAUUUUUUGAGUUUAUUGUUGAAAUUGAAAUUAAUACCACAAGCACAGCAGCGAUAGGUGACAUGAUGAAUCUUCUAGAAGGGUUCAGUUUCCCAAUUUUGCUUGAUAACAUAACAGAAGUUACAAAGGUGGACAUUACAACAGUGUGCAGUUUGAAUGGUACUGAAUAUCAGUGCAGGUGUGCAGAUCAGUUUUUCUGGCCAUGUGAAAAGUGCACAGUAUAUGGGUCUUGUGAUAAUGUCACCAAUGGCUUGUGUGGUUGCAUCAACGCUAUUCCAAAUGAUGGACAGUUCUGCCAACUAAUCAAUGAGCUGACAUGUAUGUAUUACAAAAAUAAAGCAUAUAAACAUGUGCACAUUUGAAGGAUGCUAGAAUUUGGCAAAUUUCCAAUGAAAAAAU